UUGCUCCGGAUUAGACACCAUCAUAUGUGUCUCGAAGAAGGCAUCUUUUAUUUUACCACGAAGACACUUUACAAUCGGAUGACCGAAUGAGAGAUUAGGAACGAAAUGACCAUCCAUCACGUCCAAGUGUAAAUAAUCUGCGCCAUUGUCGAGUAAUUUUUGUGAUUCUUCAUAAAGUUGUGCCAAGUCAGCGUUCAAAAUCGAGGGACCGAUUUUUGCGCUCAAAGACUUCGCCAUAUCACUUUCUUCGAAAGGGAAUAUUUUGAAAUUGCUUACACAAUUAUAAUACGUAAUUCAGUAAUUGUACACUGAUUGUCAGAUAAAGUAGAAUGUAUAUUUGAUGUAAUAUAUUGCGUAAAUAAGAUCGCGGCGAGUGAUAACCUAACUUGAUCUGCGAUAAACGUAACGCGCCAGCGAUCAGCUGAUCGCAAUCCAAUUUUUGUUUAGUAAUUUAGCACGUGGUUUUCGUUUGUGGGGACGAGUCUUUGACUAUAUGCGAAAUUUAAAACAUCAUUGUAAAAUGAUAGCUUCAAGUUCUAUUCAUAUUCAUAUUUGAUAUUUUAAAACAAUCAUUCGGUGCCUGAAUUUUUACUUCACACUUCACAUAAAGUUAUGUUAAAUAACAGGAUAUAUUAUAAUGGAAAAUUUCUCUGUCAAAAAAGAUGAUGUAAAAAUCAGUACAUCACAAAGAUCAUCAAAGAUUGGCUUAUUUUUUAUUGCAGUUACAGGUGGAAUUGCAACGGCGAUUAGUAUUGUGUGCUUUCCAUUUAUAAGCCCUGCCUUUCGUAAAAUAUGUUUGCCAUAUGUACCAGCCACACAUCAACAAGUAAAAAAUGUUAUUCAAGCAUUAAACAGUCGCUCUGGUUCCUUAAUUGAUCUUGGUAGUGGAGAUGGACGUAUUGUUCUUGCAGCAGCAAAGCACGGUUUUAAAGCUCAUGGUAUUGAAUUGAAUACCUGGCUAGUAUGGUAUUCAAAGUUUAAGGCAUUGAUUAGCGGUCUAUCAAAUAAUACUGCCUUUUUCAAGCAAGAUUUAUGGAAAUAUAAUUUGGGAAAAUAUGAUAAUGUUGUUAUAUUUGGUGUAGAUGAAAUGAUGAAAGAUAUCGAAAAAAAAUUUAAUAGCGAAUUGUACAAAGAUUCCCUUGUAAUUGCAUGUAGAUAUCCUCUUCCUAAUACACGUCCUAUUACGACGAUUGGACAUGGAAUUGACACUGUUUGGGUUUACAAAAUACGUUAAAGUUGAAUUGUGUGAGAUCACAAAGGUACAGAAUGUGUCGGCCAACCAGCUAUACUAUCUGCAAAACGGACGUACUUUAUUAUAGGA